AUGGCUACCAAAACUCAUAAGACCUGGCAGGAAGAACUCGCUGCUGAAUGCCGAAAACUGAGACUGCCUGUUCCCCAAUUCAAUAUUGUCUCUGAUCGUCGAGGUGGGCGGACUGCUUGGUCUGCUACAGUCACAAUCCAGGGCCAGAAUCUCGCAGCAAGAUACUGGUAUGAUGGGCAAUACCUCAAUAAUGCCAAAGAAGACGCCGCCGAGGUGGCCUGCACCAAACUACGCAACCCUUCGAUCACCGCCGGCCAGUCAACGGUCUACCGCGCACAGUCUGGCUAUGGUGGCCCCUGGGCUGCUCGCUGA